GAAAGAUGGAAAAGGGGAGGGAUCGCCCGUGAGUCUGACUGACAGUUUACAUAAUGAGCUUGUGAGGAUGCGAGGCAACUAUAUAAACAGCUCGAAGCGAAGCAAGUUUUCCAUUUACUGAGCGCUGUUAGCACCGGUUAAAGGAGGAGCGGUUCCACACUAAGCACUCCCCUCCGCGUCUCUCACCAAACCCACCCGGCUUUGGAGUUUAUAAAGGCGACGACAGCGAUCAGAGGUCGGCGGCUGGCUGCAGGAUUAAUUCCCAGAAGGGGACGGAUCGACACUUGGAUUUUACCUUCCGAUUUCUGCUGGUGCUCGGGGAGUAUUUGGAAGAGCAGGUUGUUCCCGGAGAAUCGCCGUGACGCCUCUCUUUUCUCCCUCGACCGAGAAGCGCUUGCUUGGUCCAUUUGAGGAAUACAGAAGGAAAACUAAACCCACUAAGAACUGGAAGCUCGAAUAACACAAGGAUGACAGCCUUGCGCAUCUUUGGCUUGACGUUUCUGUUAACGAUUUUGCAGCAGAGGGUGUCCGGCUCCGGCGUCUUCCAGCUGGAGCUACACGAAUUCGUGAAUAGCCACGCGUCUCUGGCCAGCGGGAAGCCCUGCUUCCCCCACUGCAGGACCUUCUUUCGCGUUUGUUUGAAGCAUUUUCAGACAGUGGUUUCCCCGGGCUCCUGCACUUUCGGUAGCAUCAUCACCCCGGUUCUGGGAAUAAACUCCUUCAGCAUCCAGGAUACAGAGAGAUUUGACAGCCCCAUUAAGCUGCCCUUUAACUUCACGUGGCCGGGAACCUUCUCCCUGAUCAUCCAGGCCUGGCACGCGCCCGACAACUACCUGCCGGAAGGCUCCCGGCCGCCCCCGCAGGAGUGGCUCAUCAGCCAGAUGUCGAUCCAGCGGUCGCUGUCCGUGGGCGAGGACUGGUCGCAGGACGUGCAUCAGGGCCCGCUGACCAAGCUGCGCUACUCCUACCGCGUGGUCUGCAGCGAGAACUACUACGGCGAGAGCUGCUCCCGCCUCUGCAAGCGCCGCGACGACCGCUUCGGGCACUACGUGUGCGCGGCGGACGGGAGCCUGGCCUGCCUGCCCGGCUGGGCCGGCGAGUACUGCACCGACCCCAUCUGUCUGGCUGGAUGUACCGAACAGAAUGGAUAUUGCAACAAGCCUGGCGAGUGCAUCUGCCGUCCUGGUUGGCAAGGCCGCUACUGUGAUGAAUGCAUUCCCCAUAUAGGCUGCCGCCAUGGGACUUGUAAAACACAAUGGCAGUGCAUAUGUGAUGAAGGAUGGGGUGGCCUCUUCUGCGAUCAAGAUCUGAACUACUGCACUCACCACAGGCCAUGCAAAAAUGGAGCAACUUGCAUGAACACUGGCCAGGGCAGCUACACGUGUGCGUGCAAACCCGGCUUCACCGGCGUCGACUGCGAACACGAGAUCAGCGAGUGCGACAGCAAUCCCUGUAGGAAUGGCGGCAGUUGCACGGAUAUGGAGAACAGUUAUCACUGCCUGUGCCCCCCUGGCUACUAUGGCACUCACUGUGAGCACAGCGCUCUGACAUGUAUAGAUUCUCCAUGCUUCAACGGUGGCACGUGCUUGGAAAAGGAGCAAGGGGCCAGCUACACUUGUGUUUGUCCUUUCGGCUUCACAGGGUCAAACUGUGAAAAAAAAGUAGACAGGUGCACAAGCAACCCGUGUGCAAAUGAUGGUAGUUGCUUUUACCUUGGGCAGAUUCGUGUGUGCCGCUGUCGGGCUGGUUUCUCUGGUCAGAAAUGUGAGAUAAACAUCAAUGAUUGUGCCAGAAACCCAUGUUCCAAUGGGGGAACUUGUCACGAUCUAAUCAACGAUUACACCUGCACAUGCAUGCCAGGCUACAGUGGCAGGAACUGUGACAUCAAAACCAGAGAUGAAUGUGCUUCUGGGCCAUGUGAGAAUGGAGGCACAUGCUACAGUGGACUUUAUAGUGCCAACUUUGUUUGCUACUGUCCUUCUGGCUUCAUGGGCAACCGCUGUGAAUUGCCAGUUUAUUCAGUGCCCGUUACACUUCCUCCUAAACCAGUCCCCUGGAUUGCUAUAUCCAUGGGGGUGGGGCUGGUGGCUUUGCUCAUACUGUUCUGCAUGAUAGCAAUGGUCAUCAGGCAGAUGAGGAUGCACCCAGAGCAGGAGUUGGAGACAAUGAACAACCUGUCUGACUUCCAGAAGGACAAUCUCAUUCCAGCUUCCCAGCUGAAAAACACCAAUAAAAAUAAAGACCUUGAAGUGGACUGUGGGCUGGAGAAAUCAAACUACAAACCCAAGAACCAUAAACUGGACUACAAUCUGGUAAAAGACCUGACAAGUAGAGGGACACCGGAAGAUAAAUAUUACAAAAGUGAAAAGUGUUUAGGAGAGAAGUCUCCCCUCCGACUACACAGUGAAAAGCCAGAAUGCAGAAUAUCAGCGAUAUGCUCUCCAAGGGAUUCAAUGUACCAGUCCGUCUUUGUGAUAACAGAAGAAAGGAAUGAGUGCAUCAUAGCCACAGAGGUAUAAGACUGAAGAUCAGACCAUUUGCACCUCAGAUUUGAUGAUGCCAGUAGAUGGACGUUCCUGCUGCAUUGUUUACAAUUCAGAACUGGAUUGGACUGUUUUUAAUUACAUGCAACUUGCUGCUCUCAGGCGGAGGAUGGAACUGAGUGAACUGGACAGACUGUGAAUUUACUGAAAGAUGCAAUACACCUUUUUGUUCUUAC